GCCAUUAUCUGAUGUACCUUUAGCCAGGGUGUCCUUAUCUCGGCAAUAGGCAGAACACACAGUGUGUUUGUAGGAGGGCUUGCCAGAGAGGAAUGCUGGGAGAGAGGUUGGCACAGAGAAGGAGGGCUCAGGUGGCUCGGCUCUAAGGAACAAAGGCAGAGAGAGCACGGGCCUGGCCAGUAGCAGUGAAGCCCACAGAGCCACACAGAGGGACAGAUGUCAAGGGUCAUGACUGAGAAGACCACAGAGGAGACCCGACUGUGGAAUGGGGCUAUACUUCAGGAUGCUUCGGGCCUCCAGGACAUCUUGUUCUCCUCUGAAAGUGACAACAGCCUGUACUUCACCUACAGUGGCCAGUCUAACACUCUGGAGGUCAGAGAUCUCACCUACCAGGUGGACAUUGCCUCUCAGGUGCCUUGGUUUGAGCAGCUGGCUCAGUUCAAGAUACCUUGGAGGUCUCAUAGCAACCGAGAUUCGUGUGACCUGGGCAUUCAGAAUCUGAGCUUCAAAGUGAGGAGUGGGCAGAUGCUGGCCAUCAUAGGAAGCUCAGGCUGUGGGAGAGCCUCACUACUAGACGUGAUCACAGGCAGAGACCAUGGAGGCAAGAUAAAAUCAGGACAAAUCUGGAUCAAUGGGCAGCCCAGCACACCCCAGCUCAUGAGGAAGUGUGUGGCACAUGUGCGCCAGCAUGACCAGCUGCUCCCCAACCUGACUGUCAGAGAGACGCUGGCUUUCAUUGCCCAGAUACGCCUGCCCAGGAGCUUCUCUCAGGCCCAGCGUGACAAAAGGGUAGAGGACGUGAUUGCGGAGCUGAGGCUGAGACAGUGUGCCAACACCCGCGUGGGUAAUACAUAUGUGCGUGGGGUGUCUGGGGGCGAGCGCCGGAGAGUGAGCAUCGGGGUGCAGCUUCUGUGGAACCCAGGAAUCCUCAUUCUGGAUGAACCAACUUCCGGCCUUGAUAGCUUCACUGCCCACAACCUGGUGAGAACCUUGUCCCGCCUGGCCAAAGGUAACAGACUGGUGCUCAUCUCCCUCCACCAGCCUCGCUCUGACAUUUUCAAGCUAUUUGACCUGGUCCUUUUGAUGACAUCCGGCACGCCUAUCUACCUGGGGGCUGCGCAGCACAUGGUGCAGUACUUCACAGAAAUUGGCUACCCUUGUCCCCGCUACAGCAACCCUGCUGACUUCUAUGUGGACUUGACCAGCAUUGACAGGCGCAGCAAAGAACAGGAGAUGGCCACUGUGGAAAAGGCUCGGUCACUUGCAGCCUUGUUUCUAGAAAAAGUGCAAGGCUUCGAUGACUUUCUGUGGAAAGCAGAGACAAAGGAACUCGACAGGGUCACCUAUGCAGUCAGCCAGACCCUUCCACAGGACACGGACUGCGGGGUUGCUGCUAAGAUGCCUGGAAUAAUACAACAGUUUACCACCCUGGUCCGUCGUCAGAUUUCCAAUGACUUCCGAGACCUGCCCACCAUGCUCAUCCACGGGGCGGAAGCCUGCCUGAUGUCUCUCAUCAUUGGGUUCCUUUACUAUGGCCAUGACACCAAGCCACUCUCCUUCAUGGACACAGCAGCCCUCCUGUUCAUGAUAGGAGCGCUCAUCCCUUUCAAUGUCAUCCUGGACGUUGUCUCCAAAUGUCAUUCGGAGCGGUCGAUGCUGUACUAUGAGCUGGAAGACGGGCUGUACACUGCUGGUCCAUACUUCUUUGCCAAGGUCCUUGGCGAACUGCCCGAGCACUGUGCUUACGUCAUCAUUUACGGGAUGCCCAUCUACUGGCUGACCAACCUGCGGCCGGUCCCUGAGCUCUUCUUCCUGCACUUCAUGCUUGUGUGGUUGGUGGUCUUCUGCUGCAGGACCAUGGCCCUGGCUGCCUCCGCAUUGCUGCCCACCUUCCACAUGUCCUCCUUCUUCUGCAACGCCCUCUACAACUCCUUCUAUCUUACUGCGGGCUUCAUGAUAAACUUGGAGAACCUGUGGACAGUACCUGCGUGGAUCUCCAAGGUGUCCUUCCUCCGCUGGUGCUUCGCCGGACUGAUGCAGAUUCAGUUCAACGGGUACCUGUACACAUGGCAGAUUGGCAACCUCACCUUCUCAGUCCCCGGAGACAAGAUGACCACGACCAUGGACCUGAACUCACAUCCGCUCUAUGCCAUCUACCUCAUCGUCAUUGGCAUCAGCUGUGGCUUCCUGUUCCUGUACUAUCUGUCCUUGAGGUUCAUCAAACAGAAGUCAAUUCAAGACUGGUGAUGCUCACCCAGGCUUGCUCCCGCUGGCGGGACUCUUCUUCAGGGCUAGUUGCCUCCUACCGGAGCCCACCCACGGAGGACAAAGAUGACAGAUCUCAGCUGCAGCCCUUGGCGUUGCAGUGACACAGGUCAGCCACAGGAUGGCAGUAGAAUAAAGACAGUUGAAAGGGAUUUCUGAUCAGGGGCCUGGGCUUGUGAUAGGAGAAACAAAACAAAACAAAAACAAAACAAAACCAAAAAACAAAAACCAAAAAACAAAACCAAACAAACAAACAAAAAAAAAAAAAAAGAAAAACAAAAACAGGGACUUGGUGGCACCUGAAGUGUCUCUUAUUUAUUUCCGUUGGUUAUAUUUUUAUAUAAGCAACCCAGUAUGGAAUGGGAAUAAGUUGGACAAAAACUGAGUAGCCAGGCUAUUAUGCAGACAUUUCUGGAACCAAGAGAGAAUGGUGGCUUCGAAGCAAAAUGUUCAGUUUUAUCUCUCACCAUCUUUAUCUCUCAGCUUUAUCACAUCUCAUGUUAAAGUACUCCCAAUACAGAAGGUGACCUAAAACAGACUAGCGAAAUGUCAUCUCUUAUUUUUGUGUGGAUCCAUAGACUAGGAGGU